AUGCUCUCGGAUCCAGACCCUAUCGAUGUCCCCAAGUCUUAUGAGACUCUGUCAUUGACUGAUGUCACUGUGUCUCAUCAUCCCAUCGGAGCUUCUGAAGCUACAUCGGUUGUGGUGGUGACAUUGAACCGCCCCAGCAAACAUAAUGCAUUUACUUUGGAAAUGAUGCAUGCCUUUGAGAAGAUCUAUGCGAUGUUUGACGUCGACGAGCGUGUAAGAGUCAUCGUUCUCAUGGGGGCAGGUAAAAUGUUCUGCGCCGGUGCAGAUCUUGAGCGAGGCUUCAGUGGUCUGGAGAAAGAGAGAAACAAAGAUCACCGUGACAGCGGAGGGCGUCUCACCCUAGCGAUACACCGUUGUCGCAAGCCUACGAUCGCUGCUCUACAGGGCUCAGCAGUUGGCCUGGGAAUGACGAUGACAUUGCCAGCCGCCAUCCGCAUCGGCUGCCAAAAGUCGAAAUACGGAUUCGUUUUUCCUCGGCGAGGCUUAACAAUGGAGUCUAGCUCUUCUUUCUUCCUUCCGCGAUUGAUAGGGUUUUCCAACGCUCUUUAUCUGCUUACCACUGGCGGCACCUUUGCGCCCAACUCCCCCCAUUUCGGGACGCUGUUCCAAGAGACGUACCCCGAUGCUGAUCAGGUGGUCUCCCGAGCCCUAGAGCUUGCUAAAGACAUUGCUGAGAAUGUCAGCCCCAUGGCAUCUUAUCUAUCCCGCGAGCUUAUGUGGCGAAACCCAGGUACAGCCGAGGAAACACACCUCGUGGACUCCGCGGUGCUGUAUCAUAUGUUUAGUGGAAAGUAUGUAUCAAUUAGGGCGUUGUGGGAGUUAUGA